UUUUUUCCAGUCACCUCGUUUUAUUUCUGCCUAUAUGCAUUCAAUAUUACUCGUAUUAAUCCCUCACUUAAAAAUUGAUAAAAGCAUUGGUGGAAGUAGUAAUGUAGAAGUUACUGUUCAUGUUUUAAAUGCAGUUAGUGAACUUUCAUUAAUUGGAGGUUUGGAAAUGGUUCGGUCUAUAGACAAAUUUUUUCCUCCUAUUAUUGCUUUUUUACAAGAUUCUACAAGUUUGAAUAGACGUGAGGCUGCUCUCCGCGCAAUGGGUAGAUUGUGUCAAUGUGUUGGUUAUGUUGUUGAACCAUACAAAGAUUAUCCUGAUUUAUUAGAAAUUUUGUUACAAUUAUUAAAGACUGAAUUGUCGAGUUCAAUGCGAAGGCUUACAAUGCGUGUACUUGGAAUUAUUGGCGCUUUGGAUCCAUACACCUAUAAAGUUUAUAUUGGCAAAGUCCACUCACAUAUAAGAUCUCGUUCGCUUGCUUUAACACUUCCAAAUUCUGGAGAAACAAAUGAAACACGUUUGUCUUUAUUUUUAAAAAAAUUGAAAAUUUCAAAAGAAAUUUUUUCAGACGGAAUGGAUAUAAUUACUUGGAUAAAUUAUGAACGUUUAACCCUUGCUGAAUAUUACCCAGCUUUAUCAAUUUCCAAUUUAAUUUUAAUGUUACAAGAUCCUCAGCGUUGUUCUUUGUUUCAUAGAGAAAUAAUGCAUACAAUAUUACAAAUUUUUACAAAUUUGAGAAAUCGUCCACAAUAUUUGGGACAGGUCAUUCCCCCACUUAUUUUAAUUACUGAACAAUGCAAACCUCAAUUAAGAAGUUUUUUUCUCAGUCAAUUUUCGCGUUUUAUUUCAAUUAUUAAUUUACAAUUGCAGCCAUAUAUGACUCAAUUUUUUUGUUUAAUUGCUAAAGCUUGGUGUUGGAGUGAUAAUGACGAUCUUAAAGGAAUCAUUAUUCGCCUAAUCGAAGAUGUUGGUCGUUCUUUUGGUGAAAAAUUUACAGUUUAUGCAACAAAUUUGUGCCCAUAUCUUUUAAAUGUGCUUCAAAAUGAUACUUCUCCUGACAGAAAACUUACUUUAAACGCACUUUCUUGUACUCAAACAAUUUCAAAAUGUCUUGGAACACAUAUUCAUUUAAUUCUUUCACCUAUCCUUGCAUGCAUUGAAGAUGUUGAUUCACCAGAAAAAAAUCGUUUAGCAGCACUUGAAACAGUAAUAUCUUUAGCUUCAAAUCAUCCAAUAAUGGAACAAGCACCUCAAAUUAUGCAAACUUGGAUGCGUUGUAUUUCUAUUAAAUUUAUGCAGCAAAAACUUAUACAAUUACUUUCUACAAUAAUUAAGAAAUGGGACCAAUUUCCAAUCUACAAAGAUAGUGUCAAUGCAGCAUUAAGACGUCAUCGAGUAGAUGGCGCCCUCCGCCAAGAAUAUCGAGAACAAUUGGCAAACUUACAAGUUUUACAUGCUCAAAAUCUCCCUCUUCAACUUGAACGUCAACCUAUAACUGAACCUUCUUUUGUACGGCAAAUACAAUUUUUACCUCCACCUGAAGCUGAAACCUCGAAAGAAGAUUUUCAUGUUAAUGUUGAUCAGUUACGCCGUUGUUGGAAAAUUCAAACUUUAACUUCUCGUGAAGACUGGCUUCAAUGGCUAAGCACUUUGCGCGUUCAUUUUAUCCGUCAAAGCCCAUCGCCUGCUUUGAGGGCAUGUACAGGAUUAGCUGAAGCACACGAUCCUUUGGCAAAGGAACUAUUUAAUGCUGCAUUUAUUUCUGUUUGGACUGAACUUCGUGAAUCAGACCAAAAUCAACUUACAAUGUUACUUAUUGAAAUUUUGAAGCAAUGUCCACAUGCAGAGCCUAUCCAAGCAAUUUUAAAUUUGGCAGAAUUUAUGGAUCAUUCAGAAAAGGGUCCUUUCCCAAUAGAUUACAACACGUUAAGUAAAUCAGCAGAACAAACUCGUGCUUAUGCUAAAGCUUUGCGCUAUAAAGAACUUGAUAUAUUAAAAUCGAGAAAAGGAGAACCUAAUCCUGAUGAUUGUCAAUCUUUGAUAAUUUUAUUUAAUAAGCUCAAUUUGGAAGAAGGUGCUGCUGGUAUUGUUCAAUAUGCAAGAAGACAUAAUAUGGAAAUUUCGGGUCGUUGGUACGAAAAACUUGGUGAAUGGGAAAAAGCUUUAGAAUUGUAUAGACAAGAAAUGCUUUUAAUGCCAGAUACAGACCCUUCUUGGACUACACUCUCUUCAGCAUCUUCUUUAACAGAACAUCAUUCACAACAAUUACAGUUGCAACAACAUACCCCAACGGGACACCAACAAGAUAUUUCCCGUCAUGCAUCUUCUAUUCAUUGCGAAAAUAGUAUAUCUAGUCGUGUUAAUUUGCAAAAUAUUGGGAAAUUUGAUAUUGAACUUCACCAAAUGCGUUGUCUCGAAGCUUUAGGACAAUGGUCACAACUUAGCAAUGCUUGUCAAACAGCUUUAUUGGAUUCUGAACUUGCUGAAACUCAUUUAACUCGUCAACAAAGUGAAACUCCAUUAGACAUUUCCUUAUCACAUCAUAAUCUUGGGAUAGGUGGGGGAGGAGGGGGAGGAGGAAGUAGCAGUAUUGGUGGGGGUAUUGGUGGUGGUGGAGGAAUUUUAAAUACAACAUUAAAUGAAUAUGCAAGACGUCAAAAAAUUGCACAAAUGGCUGCUAGAGCUAGUUGGGCUACUGGCGAUUUUGUUAAAAUGAAUGAAUAUGUACAAAUGGUUAAUGAAAAUACACAAGAAGGCUCUUUUAUGCGUGCUGUAUUAGCUAUACGUGAAAAUGAUUUUGAGCGUGCUCAUUCUUACAUUAAUAAAGUACGCGAUAUUUUUGAUUCUGAGUUAACUGCAAUGGCAACAGAAAGUUAUGAUCGUGCUUAUGGUGCAAUGGUUACCUUACAAGAAUUGACAGAAUUGGAAGAAGCUGUUGAAUACAAAAUGAUUACUAAUCGUGAUGCGCGUAUUGUAAUGCUUUGGAGUCGUCGUUUACAAGGAUGUAGACCAAAUAUAGAUCAUUGGAGACGUAUUUUGUUGGUUCGUUCAAUUGUUUUCUCACAAAAUGAAUUACGCACACAUUGGAUAAAAUUUGCCGCACUUUGUCGACGUGAAGGCAAACAAGCUAUAGCAAGAAAUAUUUUACGUUCAUUAUUGGAUGUAUCUGGAGAUGUCCCAGUUGAUAAAUUAAAUAUUCCUUUUGAUAAGCCACAAUUAGCAUUAGCUGUUUGUAAACAAAUUUGGUGUGAAGGGCAAAAAAGGACAGCUUUUUCACAUUUGGAACAAUUAACAAAAACUCUUCACCGAUUAAUUGAACGAAAUCGUUUAGUAUAUCCACGUGAACAAUUGGAACCUCUAGCUAGAAUUACAGCAAAAUGUUAUUUAAAAUUGGGUGAAUGGCAAGAAUCAUUACUGCAACAACAGGCUAUUAUUUUACCUAGCGAAAGGCAUGGAAGCUUUUGUAUUUCCCCGUCAUUAAAAAUUCAAAAUUCCUCUACAAUUAAUAAUUCAACAUUAAUUCAUCAACAGCAACAACACCAAUAUUCACCCUAUUUAUAUCAACAACAAUCAACAACUUCAUCUCCAUUUCAACAACAACCUUUAACUAGUGCUGGAUUUAUGCAACAAAGACAAGCAUUUGAACAUUCUACAUCUAUGAAAUUACAUUAUUUUGUUGUUGCAACAAGUUUUGAUCAAAAUUGGUAUAAGGCUUGGCAUCGUUUAGCUACAACAUAUUAUUCAGCUAUUAGCCAGCAUCAAACAUCGACACCUUCGCAACUUCCUCCAACUUUAUUACCUAUGGAAAUUGAUUAUUCUAUUGCUGCUGGGAAAAAACCUUGGCAUCAUCAUCAUUAUCAACACCAGCAACAACAACAUUAUCAACAUCAUCAUCAACAACAACAACAACAACAAUUAGCAGCCUAUUAUACUCCAAUACCUUCACAACAACAACCACAUCACCAUCACUCUCUUCAUCAUCCUCAACAAAUAGUUACUGAUUUAACAACAAUUCCACCACCUUCAAUAAUUACUGGAGGAGGAUGUGGAGGUGGAGGAUGUGGGGGAGGUGGAUGUGGAGGGGAUGUUAAUAGUAGUGGUUAUGUUCAACAUCCACUUCCUUUACAUGGUAUGCCUGUAGCUUAUGUUCAACCACCUCCAUCUGUUCAAGCUUCAACUGCUUCUCAAAUGAAUAGUCCACCAAUAAUGCAAUCACCGCUUAGGGCACAUCAAUUAGUUACUAAUUAUGCUGUAAAUGCUGUUAGUUGUUUCUUCAAGGCUAUUCAAUUGGCUGAAGGUUCUCGUCUUGAUGACACUCUUCGCCUUUUAAUGCUUUGGUUUGAUUAUGGUGAUCGUCCAGAAGUUUUUGAACGUUUACGUGAUAAUUUAAAAAUGAUACCCUCAGAAGUAUGGCUAGAAGUUGUUCCACAAUUAAUUGCUCGUUUGGAUUCUCAAAAUAACACUGGAGUUUUAGUUAGACAAUUAGUUAUUGAUGUUGCUAAAGCAUAUCCACAAGCUUGGGUAUAUGCAUUAACUGCCGCAAUAAAAUCUCGAAAUACUCGUCGUUCCCAAGUAGCAAAAGAAAUACUUGAUAUAAUUGCUGAAAAUAAGCCAAUACUUGUUGAACAAGCAACUUUAGUUAAUGAUGAAUUAAUUAGAUGUGCUAUAUUAUGGCAUGAACAAUGGCAUGAAGCUUUGGAAGAAGCUAGUCGUUUCUAUUUUCAAGAUAAAAAUGUUGAUGAAAUGAUGAAUAUUUUACGUCCAUUACAUCAAAAAAUUGAACAAGGGCAUACUACAAUGAAAGAACAAUCUUUUAAUCAUACAUAUUAUAAAGACUUGAAGGAUGCAUUUGAACAUUGUGAGGUUUUUAGACGAACUGGAAAUCAGAAGGAAAUGACAGCAGCAUGGGACUUAUAUUACAACAUUUUUAAACGUAUAAGUAAUCAACUUCGACAAAUGAAUACAUUAGACUUAAAUUAUAUUUCACCACGUUUAUGUAAAGCAAGAAAUUUGGAACUUUCAAUUCCCGGAACAUACGACCCCAAUGCUCCAUUAAUUACUAUAGCUUCAAUGCAGCCACAUUUACAAAUUAUAAUGAGUAAACAAAGGCCAAGAAAAAUUUAUAUGAGAGGAAGUGAUGGAAAAGAAUAUGCUUUUCUAUUAAAAGGACAUGAAGACCCUAGACAAGAUGAACGUGUUAUGCAAUUAUUUGGCUUAGUUAAUUCUUUAAUUUUGAGAGAAGCGGAAACUAGCAGAAGAAAUUUAACAAUACAACGUUAUUCAAUAACUACGUUAAGCCAAAGCAGUGGACUUAUUGGUUGGGUACCUAAUUGUGAUACACUUCAUUCACUUAUAAAGGAUUAUCGUGAAAAGAAAAAAAUUCCAAUAUCUGAGGAACAUAAUAAAAUGCAAAAAUUAUGUGUUGAUAUAGAUAAAUGUACAUUAUUACAAAGAGUUGAGGUUUUUGAAGAAGCUUUACGUUCAACUUGUGGUGAUGAUUUACGUCAAACAUUGUGGAUGAAAUCUCCAAAUUCUGAAGUUUGGUUUGAUCGUCGUACUAACUAUACUCGUUCAAUGGGCGUAAUGUCGAUGGUUGGUUAUAUUCUUGGACUUGGCGAUAGGCAUCCUUCAAAUUUAAUGCUGGAUAGAUUAAGUGGAAAAAUUGUACAUAUUGAUUUUGGUGAUUGUUUUGAGGUUGCUAUGAAAAGAGAAAAAUAUCCAGAAAAAAUACCUUUUCGUUUAACUAGAAUGCUUAUUCAGGUAAUUGUUGGAGAGAUGAUUUUUUGGUUAAACUUCUCUGGAAUUUUAGGAAAAUAUUUCAGAAUUAAUUUUGCAAUGGAAGUGACAGGAAUUGAUGGAAAUUAUCGUUUAACUUGUGAACGUGUUUUACGUCUUUUAAGGGCAAAUAAUGAUAGUAUUUUGGCUGUGCUAGAAAGUUUUGUUUAUGAUCCAAUGUUAAAUUGGAGGCUUACUGAGGGUGUUGUUAAUGCUGCUGGGAUAGCUGGUGGUGGGGGAGUUGGCGGUGGAACAACAGGAAAAGAUAAUACAUUAGUUAAAGGAAGAGUUUCACUUCCAUUAGUUGAAGACCCAAAUACUACAACAGCUACUAUUCCACCUAAUAUAAAUCCUCAUCAAUAUCAUCCACAUUAUUUAAGACAACAACAAAUACAACAACAACAAACAGAAGAAAUACAUGGAGGGGGCAAACCACCCUUUCAAAUUCCACAGCAAAGAGGAGAAGAUAAUGAAGCAAUUAGUAGGGUUAAAGCAAAACUUUGUGGACGGGAUUUUAAUCCCUUCGAGCCUAUUAAUGUUACGGAACAGGUUGACCGUCUUAUUGAACAAGCAACAAUGAAUGAUAAUUUAUGUCAAUGUUAUAUUGGUUGGUGCCCAUUUUGGUAG